AGUUCACAGUUCACAGUCAUCACCAUUACCCCCUAGCGCACCAUUGUCGCACUACACAUUUCCCUUUCUCUCAUCAUGUAAGUGCUGCCCCCUGUACAACGGCUUGAACCCGGGCUGGUCCCUGACUGUACCGUGUGCUCGAAGGGAGAAAUAUUUCAUUUACAUUUCUGGAUGAAAUCUCUUCUUGGAAUGGUUUACCUCCAGUGAAGUUAUCUAACCAACUGUCUGGGCAGGGCUCAGGAGGCCUAGCAGAGACCAGGGAGUUUCCUAUGGAAGUCAGCCAUUUGGGUUACAGGUUGAUGUUUCCUAGUCGGGAACCCCCAGGGUUGCUUUCAAGAUUGACCCCCGACAGCUUGCAGCCUCUGCCAAUCUCCUGAGCGAGCUCCGCCUGCCACCGGACAAGACUGCCCACAAGCUCCCACUGCGUCUGCCUGCUGCAAAGCCCAGCAACCUCCGCGAGGCCCUUGGCCAAUCGCCAGGGAGGAAGGACCUCGUCGCCAUGGACACGGAGUCCACCUACUCAGGGUACUCGUACUACUCUGGUCGCUCCCGGGGAUCCCACAGACACGGGGAGCGCAUCCGCGACCACCACAAGUCACGCAGCAAGGAUGGCAGCCGCUCGGAGAAGUCUGUCACCAUCAACGCACCGCCAGCAGAACCGCUGCUGGGAGACUCGUCUGUACUGGGGGAGGAGGUCCAGGAUGACAACUGGGGCGAGACCACCACGGCCGUCACGGGGACGUCGGAACACAGCCUGUCCCAGGAGGACAUUGUCCGGAUCACCAAGGACCUGGAGGACAGCGUGGGCCUGGACUGCCGGCGCUACUUUAGCCUGACCCUGGCUGUGGUUCUGGGCCUGCUGGUCUUCCUCACUCCCCUGGCCUUCCUGGCUCUCCCCCACCUCCUCUGGCCUGACAAGCUCCUGGUGUGCGGCACGGCCUGCGAGGGCCUCUUUAUUUCCGUGGCGUUUAAGCUGUUGAUACUGCUGUUGGCCGUGUGGGCGCUGUUCUUCCGGGCUCCGCGCGCCAGCCUGCCCCGGGUGUUUGUGUUCAGAGCGCUGCUGGCCGUGCUGGUGCUGCUGUUCGUCGUGUCCUACUGGCUGUUCUAUGGCGUAAGGAUACUGGACUCCCAGGAUGAGAACUACCAGGGCAUCGUGCAGUACGCUGUAUCUCUAGUAGACGCUCUGCUCUUCAUCCACUACCUGGCCAUCGUUCUGCUGGAGCUCAGGCAGCUGCAGCCCGCCUUCUCUGUCUGCGUCACGCGCUCCACCGACGGAGAGACACGCCACUACAACCUGGGCCAGCUCAGUAUUCAGCGGGCAGCAUUGGUCAUCAUAGAGAACUACUACAGGGACUACUCUGUCCACAACCCGGCCCUGCUCACCGCCUCCAAGUCCCGGGCCGCCAAGCACCUGGCCGGCCUCAAGGUCUAUAAUGUGGAUGGUGAGUUCCCGGCAUCCCCCGCGACUGGCCCUGAGAACAACGCAGCGACCGGAUUGGCCCACUCCCAGUCUAGGGCUAUGAUUGCCGCUGCCGCCCGCCGCCGAGACACCAGUCACAACGAGCUGUACUACGAGGAGGCGGAGCACGAGAGACGCGUCCGCAAACGCAAGGCCCGACUGGUGGUGGCGGUAGAGGAGGCCUUCACACACAUCAAGCGCAUGCAGGAGGAGGAGCAGAAGAAAGCCCCCGGGGACGUGAUGGACCCCCGCGAGGCCGCCCAGGCCAUCUUCCCCUCCAUGGCCCGCUCCCUGCAGAAGUACCUCCGCACCACCAGGCAGCAGCACUGCCACAGCAUGGAGAGCAUCCAGCAGCACCUGGCCUUCUGCAUCACCAACAACAUGACGCCCAAGGCCUUCCUGGAGAGUUACCUGACCCCCGGGCCCACCCUGCAGUACGGCCGCGAACGCUGGCUGGCCCGGCAGUGGACUCUGGUCAGCGAGGCGUCGGUCACCAGCGGCCUCAAGGAGGGCGCCAUCUUCCUCCUCAAGUGCAUAGACUUCAGCCUGGUGGUGACGGCCAAAAGGAUCCCCUACAUCCAGCUUUCAGAGGAGUUCAUCGACCCUAAGUCGCACAAGUUCGUCCUGCGGCUACAGUCAGAGACCUCUGUGUAGAACUGGACAACUGUUUUUACCACCACACACAUUUCUUUAGUUUUGUUUUCAAAAUGGUUUUAUUUUGGGUUUGCAGUUUUAUUUUAUUUUGGGAGUUUUAUAUUAUAUAUGAAUAUAUAUGUUAUACAUGUUGGAAUAUAUUAUCCUUUUUAUCGAUGGUUUACCUGGUUUAUGAGUUAAUAUAAAAAAAAUGUUUUAAAAAUAUACACCGGUGAUGAAUUUGACUUGUCUUGCAUGCACACAGAAGAUUGAACUGGACUCUCUGUGGAGAUGGAACUGUAGAUGAACAAUGUGUGCACACAACUGCAUAUGUGUCAAUGUCUAUGAACACAAUCAGUUGUUCCACCUCUGAAAGACUGAUGCAGAGCUCAAGACAAGGAAUUGUUUUAAUGCCAUGACUCCAGACAGAAAGUGGAGACCGAAGGAGGAGGGGGACAGCCAUUUUGACAUCUGACCAAAGAGUCAAAUGACACUACUGUUGCCAUGGACAUUCCUUCAUUCCCCCUCAGCCAAACCACUACAGAUGGUGAACUGCCACUAUUUAACUUCUGGACUAAAUGUUUCUUUUAACAAAACCGUCUCAGGCCUGUCUGCUGUUCUMAAACUAUAGCUACUUAAUUCACUUUUUUUACGUUACAUGCACAUGUUCUCUACAUCUGUAUAUUGAUUAUGUAUAAACACAUUGUGAUAUAAUGGUGUUUUAAGUCUAUGCGUACUGGGUCAAUCUCCCUCCCAUUUCCUUAUAUCCCGAUCUGUGGAUGUACAGAGUAAGACAUGAAUGUCAGUAGCAUUCAUUGUUAUUCUGAUAUAAACAAAACCCUUGUUUUAGCUGUUAUUGAUGAUGUUAAAUAGAAAUUAAAAUUCAAUGCCAAUUUAUACGAUUACCCCCAAGGCUGAAGGCCUUCUCUCCAGGGGAUCUGUUAAAAAAAGUAUAUAUUUUAGACCUUAAAGUAUGUACUGUAGUAUGGCUUAUGCAUACAGCAGCACUUUCCCAGGCGCAAUGUAGCAAUACAACAGCAUGUUAUACUGCAGUACAUCUCGUCCACAAGCCAGCUCUCUCUCUGUAACAAGGUUAUUCUGUACUAUACAGGACUAUGUUCUUUUAUAAGUACUACUGUCAACACAGGGGCUCAGAAUGGUCCAUCCAUAUCCCAAAUUAACUUAUGUAACAUUUUCAACAUACCAUUAUACACUCAUGGCUGGUUUGUAAAGCAGAGCUCUUCAAACGUUUAAAACUCAAAGUCGCCCAGAUUAGGAUCCCAUAGGAUCCUGAUUGCUGAUGUAAGUCAAUAUUUUGGAGAUGUGCUGCUGUCUCGUUCCACUUUUACAUUUUUUCAUAGGAUGAUCCCACUUCCCAGCUUAGUCAUAUUUUGAUAACGUGUCCAUUAAGGACCCUGUAUUUGCUGAAACUUUUUUAUAAAGCGACACAUUCAUUCCCCGCAUAUAUCUCUUCUCAGGGUUCAUGCUUUCACUUCUAUCACGCUUACUUUGCCUGAUAGAGCACUCCGGGAGAGAAGAUACACUGAUUUGGACCACAGCCUCAAUCUGCCUGUGUACCUUGUACGCAGAACUCUAUUCUGCAGCUAUUACCAUUGAAAGUCUAAGCYGUUAAUUUAGCUAAUCGCCUCUUGAGAUGGUGAGUAUGGUACUAGGGGGUGAAGAGGAGCCUCCCUUGUAACUCAUCCGUCUGGUUAGUCUUCUAUUACAAUGUCAUCAAGCGAGAUAUCAUGUUGAGCUGUGAAUAUGGGGACCUGAUGGCUUUGAAUCUGUUCCUUAUUAAAAAAGGAUGAACAUAACAAUCCCUAAUAACAUCAGAAUCCUAUAUUCUCCCCUAGUGAAUGUGGGUGGCAGAUUGAGAUCCAUCCAGGAUGAGUUGUUUCAGAGGUGAUCAGGAUCCUAUCUACGUAAAAUCUCAUAAAUCCCAAUGUAGAAUGGACUUCUGGCUUGUAGAGGUCCUCCGCGGUAUUACAGCUCUGCAUGUCAUUCAUGAAAACAAAACUGUCCGUCAGCGCCCCCUGGCAGACAAACCAGAAGGUGUCAGACUUUGGUAUGGCAAGGGGUUACUGUUGGGUGCUGACACAUUCACAAACAAAACGCAUGGUGCCGUGGCAGGUUAUACACAAACCAUUUUUAACGAUCAGCAUGUGGCUCAUAAAAGCCACUUGGAAAUGCAACUCUCUUUGUUUUCUCAGUCGUCAUGAAAACAAACAUAUUUUUAUACAUAUAGCACUGGGAGUCUUUUGUACCCAUAAUUGAUGGACUUUGUCUUUACAUUGUAUGUAUUUAUGUAGCUAAGCGUGUGCAUAUGCCAUUCCCUUAUCACAUGCUCAGCCUUCCCUGUAUUGACCGCAGAUUGACGUUUAUUGGGAUUAGUUUAGCCCCGGAGGCAGAACUGAGCGAUUUCCGCUAGAUGUGCCAGUGGCGAAGUAAAAUUGUCUGUAUGGCAAAAAUUCAUAAAAACAAAAAAAAUAGCUUUUUGUUCUUAAUUUAAGGUUAGUGUUAGCAGUGUGGUUAAGAUCAUGCCUUUGUGCCUGUGCCAGCUAUUGACCACUCUGUAGAGCUGCCUCCGGUACAGGAGUCAUCCCAAUAAAUGCUAACCUGGGUAUUGACCUCUGUCAUGGUUUGCUGGCCUGGUCACAGAUCUGUUUGUGCUGUUACUGCCAGGUUCUGCUAACCUGGCAGUAACUGAUCUGCGACCAGGCUAAAAGUUAGCCAGGUUGCACCCAUACUGUAGACCUCUGCUUUUUACUGACCUGACCACGCAUUGUAACCAAUGUGUCAAUUUCACUAUACAACAUAGGCAUUUGUGUAAAAUAAACAUUUGUAUGAACAUUUGU